AUGCCCUCGCCCAGCAAGUACUGCGUCCGCGUGCCGCGCAACGCCGCCCGUCAUCCGGCCGUCUUCAACAGCUUCGCCUCGCCGCGCCGCGCCACCCUUGCCGAGCAAGCCGGCCACGCUCGACUUGAUGAGCUGUACCCGGAAGGCCUCCUCCUGCCCCGUGAGCCGGUCCACUCCCUGACCAGCAUGAAGCUGGACAUGAACGACUCGGCGUCGACGCCGACCUCCCCGGCCGCUACCACUUAUCAUGAGGCGAAUGACAACGUCAGGAUCACCCAGGAAGGCGACAUCACCCUGGAGGGAUCCGCCGAGCAGCUCGACGUCACCGCCAAAUCGCAGAACGAUAUCAGCGAGGGUCCGACUGCCUACAUCGCCGAUGUGCUGGCCGGCUGCGCGGCCUUGUCGACGUCGUCGUUCAGCACCGGCUUGAGCGGCUACGACAACCACCCGGCUGACCUCUCGCGCACCGCCCUCUCCUACACCGACACCGAGGUCGAGCAUUCCGGGAUGCUGGAGCAGCUCGCGAAGACACCCGUUCCGAUCGGCGGGGAGCACGACAUCAGCAGCAAGGAAUCUGAGGCCCGGCUCGACGUCACGCUCGCCGACGAAGGCAGCAAGAUGGAUCUGGAUAGGAGCGCCCUGACUGGCCGUCUCUUCAGCAAGGCGUCUAUCAACAUCAGCCACUCCGACGUCAGCACCAGGGAAUCUCAGGGGCAGCUCGACGUCACCGCCGCCGACCUUGGCAAUAAGUCGAUGUCCAUGUCCGAGAUCAACGUCACGGCCGAGGAGCUGUUCGGGCCGGUCACGCCCAGCGAGUUCGAUGUGUUGCGCACUGGACCGAUCAGCAGCACCCCGAAGGGCGCCGAGUCGGAAGAGGAGCAACAGGAGGAAGAGCAGCAGCAGGAGGAAGAGCAGCAACAUCAGCAGCAUGAGCUCGAUUUCGAGGAGGCCGACAUCGGCACGUUCGGCUCGCUGGUCCAGCCCAUUGACUCCCUCGUGCUGAUCAAACAGCGCCGAAUGUCGAAGAACGACAUGCUCGAGCCGCUCGUCGAAGAGGGCACCCUGACCAAGUCUGUGGUGUCCUUCUCGGAGUCGUCGGAGAAGCCGGUGCCGCAGAUGCAGCGGGAGGAGGACGACGACGUCGUCAGCAAGUCAUACGACAGCGAGGAGGAAGAGGAAGAGGAGAAUGAAGAGGAUGACAGCAUUCAUGGCUCCGACUACGACACGGCUUCGGAAGAUCCGGAAGGCAUUCUUCACGCCCCCUUGUCCUCUACCCCAAAAUCCACCGGCCAGGAGAAGCACCCCGAGUUCGAGACGUUCGACACCAGCGAGCUGCAGAAGAACAACAACAACAACACGACGCUGUUCAACGACGCAUUCAUCCAGCCGAAAGUUGAUGCCAAGGAGGAGCCUCAGAAGCAGAACAACAACGACACCGACGAGUCGCUGCUGAACAAGGCCUUCAUCCAGCCGAACGCCGACGUCAAGGAGCAGCUGCAGCAGAAGCUGCCCGCCCUCGACGUGAGCGCCAUCCAGCACAACAACAACAACAAGACGUUCACCGGGAACACGGCCAGCAACGAGUCGCUGCUCAACGUCGCCUUCAUGCAGGAGGACUCCGAGGAGGAGGCCAACAUUGACACCGGCAAGAUGGGCCAGUUCCGCGCUGUGGCCGACGUAGUUUGCACGCCGCCCCGGGACUCCGACACCGAGCUCCCGCUCUACACCGAGCCGCCGCUCUCCCCCAGCUGGUUCCGCGACGCCAUCCUCCACCGCGGUGACGUCACCAACUCUGGCGCCGACGAGCAGGAGUCGCUGACGACCCUGUUCCAGGGGAUCAAGCUGAACACGUCGGGCACGACGCCCGCCCCGCCCCCGACUCCGACGCGGGUUCGUGUCCCCGAUUGGGAACGGCUGAAGGACUCGCCGCUGCUCAGCCGCGUCCGCGCCCGCUCCUCCUUCAACUUCCCGCCGCCCCAGCUCGAGCCGUCGCGCGACUCCAUGGAGUGGGACGCCGCUUCGCUGCCCAGUGACGUGCCGGUGACGAAGGUCGACGUGGUCAGUCCUGCCGUCAGCCCAGCCGUCGCUGAGCUGGCCGCCGACAUCGACUUCGAGAAGGUCAACACGCCGAAUGUGACGCUGCGCCACCGUCGCCACUCCGACUGC